GUGAGUGAGAGGAUGCUGGCGGGGGGUGUGAGGAGCAUGCCCAGCCCCAUCCUGGCCUGCUGGCAGCCCAUCCUCCUGCUGGUGCUGGGCUCCGUGCUGUCAGGCUCAGCCACAGGCUGCCCACCCCGCUGCGAGUGCUCUGCCCAGGACCGCGCUGUGCUGUGCCACCGCAAGCGCUUUGUGGCUGUGCCCGAGGGCAUCCCCACCGAGACUCGCCUGCUCGAUCUGGGCAAGAACCGCAUCAAAACACUCAACCAGGACGAAUUUGCCAGCUUCCCUCACCUGGAGGAGCUGGAGCUCAACGAGAACAUUGUGAGCGCCGUGGAACCCGGCGCCUUCAACAACCUCUUCAACCUCCGGACGCUGGGUCUCCGCAGCAAUCGCUUGAAGCUCAUCCCCCUGGGCGUCUUCACUGGCCUCAGUAACCUGACCAAGCUGGACAUCAGCGAGAACAAGAUCGUCAUCCUGCUAGACUACAUGUUCCAGGACCUGUACAACCUCAAGUCACUGGAGGUCGGUGACAAUGACCUCGUCUACAUCUCCCACCGCGCCUUCAGCGGCCUCAACAGCCUGGAGCAGCUGACGUUGGAAAAAUGCAACCUGACCUCCAUCCCCACCGAGGCGCUGUCCCACCUGCAUGGCCUCAUCGUCCUGAGGCUCCGACACCUCAACAUCAAUGCCAUCCGGGACUAUUCCUUCAAGAGGUUGUACCGACUCAAGGUCUUGGAGAUCUCCCACUGGCCCUACUUGGAUACCAUGACACCCAACUGCCUCUAUGGCCUCAACCUGACGUCCCUGUCCAUCACGCACUGCAAUCUGACCGCCGUGCCCUACCUGGCCGUGCGCCACCUGGUCUAUCUCCGCUUCCUCAACCUCUCCUACAACCCCAUCAGCAUCAUUGAGGGCUCCAUGCUGCACGAGCUGCUGCGGCUGCAGGAGAUCCAGCUGGUGGGUGGGCAGCUGGCCGUGGUGGAGCCCUAUGCCUUCCAUGGCCUCAACUACCUGCGUGUGCUCAACGUCUCCGGCAACCAGCUGACCACACUGGAGGAAUCGGCCUUCCACUCGGUGGGCAACCUGGAGACGCUCAUUCUGGACUCCAACCCGCUGGCCUGCGACUGCCGGCUCCUGUGGGUGUUCCGGCGCCGCUGGCGGCUCAACUUCAACCGGCAGCAGCCCACCUGUGCCACUCCUGAGUUUGUCCAGGGCAAGGAGUUCAAGGACUUCCCCGAUGUGCUCCUGCCCAACUACUUCACCUGCCGCCGCGCCCGCAUCCGGGACCGCAAGGCCCAGCAGGUGUUUGUGGAUGAGGGCCACACGGUGCAGUUUGUGUGCAGGGCAGAUGGCGACCCACCCCCUGCCAUCCUCUGGCUCUCGCCCCGCAAGCACCUGGUCUCAGCCAAGAGCAAUGGGCGGCUCACGGUCUUCCCUGAUGGCACGCUGGAGGUGCGCUACGCCCAGGUGCAGGACAAUGGCACGUACUUGUGCAUCGCAGCCAACGCGGGCGGCAACGACUCCAUGCCUGCCCACCUGCAUGUGCGCAGCUACUCUCCCGACUGGCCCCAUCAGCCCAACAAGACCUUCGCCUUUAUCUCCAACCAGCCGGGCGAAGGAGAGGCCAACAGCACCCGCGCCACCGUGCCUUUUCCCUUCGACAUCAAGACCCUCAUCAUCGCCACCACCAUGGGCUUCAUCUCUUUCCUGGGCGUCGUCCUCUUCUGCCUGGUGCUGCUAUUUCUCUGGAGCCGGGGCAAGGGCAACACAAAGCACAACAUCGAGAUCGAGUAUGUGCCCAGAAAGUCGGACGCAGGCAUCAGCUCUGCCGACGCACCCCGCAAGUUCAACAUGAAGAUGAUAUGA